GAGGCGCUUUGAGGCGUCUCAACGACCUGAUGCGGCGCUGUACCAAAUGCAAGGAAUCUCCCAUUAUUAUAUUAUCUAUUAAUAAACCCGACUGCGACGAUCGACUGCGACUGCUUUGAGGAUUCGCGGGUGAACCGCACAGUGUGUCCACCGAUGGUCAAUAACGUGCAGGAUGCAAUCUGUUCGGAAGAAAGCUUCGGGGAGCAGCGGGAACCCGUCGCAGGCCAAGCGCUCGAGGGCAGACCCCGAGGAUGAGGGGCCCUCUCACUUUGAGGAGGAGCUGGCUUACCUCGACGAGGUGGAGGCAGAAAUGGCACUGGAAGCCAAAGAGUCGCAGAUGAGCCAUGAUGUGAUUCCAGUCGGGAAGCUCUUUUCCCAGAAGGUUGUGAACCCAAAAUGGCAGCGUCCUGCUCCGCCCAAGAUCAACCCCAAAACUGACAGCUUGACCUUCCAGCAAUUGGAGUUAGAAUAUUACGUGGGGUGUCACAUUACAGGAAUGCCAGGCAACAGGCAGGGACCGGUUCCUAUUAUCCGGAUGUUCGGAAUCACCAUGGAGGGAAACAGCGUCUGCUGUCAUGUGCACGGCUUCACACCUUAUUUCUACAUCCAAGCGCAGGCCGGAUUCAGUACAGAGCAUCUGUGGGACUUUCAGCGAGAACUGAACAACGUAGUGCUGAAGGACAUGAGGUCGAACAAAGACAACCUCAUACAGGCGGUGCUGGCUGUGGACAUCUGUAUGAAAGAGAAUAUGUACAGUUACUGCGGAAACAAGAAGCUGCCUUUCCUGAAGAUCACAAUGGCGCUCCCUCGCCUGGUCGCCCCCGCCAAACGGCUGCUGGAGCUCGGGUUCCACUUCGGCCACUUCCCCAUGCACAACUACCAGUCCUACGAGGCCAACAUCGAGUUCGAGAUCAGGUUCAUGGUAGACAGUGGCGUUGUGGGUUGUAACUGGAUAGAAAUCCCUGCUGGGAAAUAUCACUUGCGGGAAGAGCAGUUGGUUGCAAGCAACACAAAGGACAACUCCAGAAAGGUGUCACUGGCCCAGCUCGAGGUGGAUGUGUCCUGGACUGAAAUGAUCAGCCACCCUGCAGAGGGAGAGUGGCAGAAGAUCCCGCCACUCAGAGUCCUGAGCUUUGACAUCGAAUGUGCUGGCAGGAAGGGUAUAUUCCCGGAGCCUGACAAGGACCCUGUGAUCCAGAUCGCGAACAUGGUGCUGAGACAGGGAGAGAAGGACCCUUUCAUCCGUAAUGUCUUCACCCUCAAGGCUUGUGCCAACAUUGUGGGCUCCCAGGUCAUGUGCUUCGAGCAGGAGAACGAGCUGCUAAAGGCCUGGGCAGAAUUUAUCCGUAUGGUGGAUCCAGAUCUAAUCACUGGCUACAACAUCCAGAAUUUUGACCUGCCCUACCUACUGAACAGGGCUCACGCACUCAAGGUGCUCACGUUUCCUUUCCUGGGCCGCAUUCCCGGCAUUAAAUCCGUGAUCCGGGAUUCUUCCUUCCAAUCCCGUCAGAUGGGACGCCGAGAGAACAAGGUGAUCAACAUCGAGGGCCGGGUGCAGUUCGACCUCCUACAGGUGCUUCUGAGAGACUAUAAGCUGCGGUCGUACACACUGAACGCAGUCAGUUUCCACUUCCUACAGGAGCAGAAGGAGGACGUGCAGCACUCCAUCAUCAGUGACCUACAGAAUGGCAAUGAGCAGACGCGGCGGAGGCUGGCCGUGUACUGCCUGAAGGACGCUUACCUUCCUUUGCGGCUCCUGGAGAAGCUGAUGUGCGUCAUCAACUACAUGGAGAUGGCCAGGGUGACUGGGGUCCCGCUCCCUUACCUUCUCUCUCGGGGACAGCAGAUCAAGGUGGUCUCACAGCUGCUCCGCCAGGCAAUGAAGUAUGACCUGGUGAUGCCGGUGGUGAAAUCAGAGGGAGGAGAGGACUACACAGGAGCCACAGUCAUUGAACCGGUCAAAGGCUAUUACGAUGUUCCAAUCGCGACACUGGAUUUCUCCUCCCUGUACCCCUCCAUCAUGAUGGCUCACAACCUCUGCUACACCACCUUGCUGCAGGCAGCCAGCGUAGAAAAGUACAACCUUUCACCAGACGAGUUCAUUAAAACUCCAACGGGUGACCUGUUUGUCAAAGCUUCGGUCCGGAAGGGGCUUCUGCCUGAAAUCCUGGAAAACCUUCUUUUUGCCAGGAAAAAGGCGAAGACGGAGCUAAAGAACGAGACGGACCCGUUCAAGAAAAAGGUCCUCGACGGGCGUCAGUUGGCGCUGAAAGUGAGCGCCAAUUCCGUCUACGGAUUUACUGGGGCGCAGGUUGGCAAGUUGCCCUGUUUGGAAAUCUCACAGAGCGUGACCGGGUUUGGUCGGCAAAUGAUCGAGAAAACCAAACAACUGGUGGAGUCUCGGUACACCAUCAGUAACGGCUACAAAGCAGACGCCAAGGUUAUUUACGGCGACACAGACUCGGUGAUGUGUAAACUGGGGACGCAGACAGUGGCGGAGAGCAUGUCUCUGGGACGUGAGGUGGCUGAAUGGGUCUCCAGCCAUUUCACAGCUCCCAUCAAACUGGAGUUUGAGAAGGUGUAUUUCCCCUACCUGCUGAUCAACAAGAAGCGAUACGCCGGGCUGUACUUCUCCUCCAACCCAGACACUCACGACAAAAUGGACUGCAAGGGCAUCGAGACCGUGCGCAGGGACAACUGCCCCCUGGUGGCCAACCUGAUCAACACCUGCCUCCAGCAGCUGUUGAUCGACAGGGACCCGGCUGGAGCAGUGGAACACGCCAAAGAUGUCAUCUCAGACUUGCUGUGCAACCGGAUUGACAUUUCACAGCUGGUGAUCACCAAAGAGCUGACUAGAGCUGCGGAGGAUUACGCAGGAAAACAGGCCCACGUGGAGCUCGCUGAGAGAAUGCGGAAGCGAGAUGCGGGCAGUGCCCCCAACCUCGGCGACCGUGUGCCUUACGUCAUCAUCAAAGCGGCCAAAGGUGUGGCAGCGUACAUGAAGUCCGAGGAUCCAAUCUAUGUGCUGGAGAACACCAUCCCAAUCGACACUCAGUAUUACCUGGAGCAGCAACUUGCCAAACCCCUGCUCCGAAUCUUUGAACCCAUCCUGGGGGAUACCAAGGCAGAGUCCGUGCUCCUGAAGGGAGAUCACACUCGCUGCAAGACCGUGCUGACCGCUAAGAUCGGGGGGCUGAUGGCCUUCGCUAAGAAACGCAACACCUGCAUAGGGUGCAAGGCCGUGCUGAAUGACGACGGCCCAGUCUGCAGUUACUGUAAAUCUCAACAGUCCGAACUCUACCAGAAAGAGAUAGCUCACCUGAAGCUAUUGGAGGAGAGGUUCUCGCGCUUGUGGACACAGUGUCAACGAUGCCAGGGCAGCCUGCACGAAGAUGUCCUCUGUACCAGCCGUGACUGCCCCAUAUUCUACAUGAGGAAGAAGGUGCAGAAGGACCUCGAUGACCAAGACCGAGUGUUGAUGCGGUUCGGAGCUCCUACCUGGUAACUGGAAGAUAGGGAAGGAGAGAGGGCGGGAGGGAGGGAAGAAGGAACGAAGUAAGGAGAAAACAGGAACGUCUCCAAAAAAAAAUAAGGAAAAGACGAGCAGGAUUUUUAAAAUUAUUAUUGAGCAAAAAAGAACCACGGAGAUACACCUGCUCGGAGAUUCUGAAGUCCAAUUGACUUGUGUCCGAGCUCGGUUACACAGUGACCAAGAGCAGCCUGUGAAAAGCACAUUCUCUCCUUGCUUCCCCACCCCCAC